AUGUCUCCUGAGGCCGUAGGUCUGUUGACUCAGAGGCCCGUGUUUUGUGACAUCCACAAGCAGGAGCCACUGAAGCUGUUUUGUGAAACGUGUGACAGACUCACCUGUCACGACUGUCAGCUGCUUAAGCACAAGGAUCACAACUACCAGUUUUUGGAGGAUGCAUACAGAAACCACAGACAGUAUCUAGAGAACAUGACACAGCAGUUGCAAGAGAAAAGACAAGCCAUUGAGGAUGUUUCCAGCUGUAUCAGCUCUGGACUUCAACAAGUUGAAGAAAAUCGUAAGGCAGUUACAAAUGAAAUAAAGAAGUCCAUCUGUAAUUUGAUAAUGGAGAUCAACAGGAAGGGCAAGAUUCUGGUUAAUCAGCUCGAGGGUCUCACAAAGGAACAUGAGGUGGGUCUGAAGAAACAGCAAGAUGAUGUCAACUCUCUGAGUAGGCACCUCGACCACGUAAUUAGCUUCACAAAGUGGGCUACAGCCAGCCAUAGUGGAACCGCCCUCCUGUACUGCAAGAGACUGAUCCUCUACCAGAUCCAUUACCUGAUGAGGGCAAGCUGUAAUCCCUCCAUCAUUCCCCAGAGUUCUGUUCGCUUCCAAACAAAUCAACAGGGUUCCCUGAACAUUGGGACUGAUGCACCCAGGGAGGAGGGCAAACAAAACAAACAUGCUGUGUGUGGAUGCUGGAGCUGUUAAUUUCCCCGAGGGAACCUCCCAAAGGGAUUAAUAAAGUCGUCUGUCUGUCUGUCUGUAAUGAACUUACAGACAGAUUGUGUCAGCUGUUGUGUCAGCUGUUCAAAUGCAUAGUAAGAGGCACUACAAACCAUGUAAAAAGAAAAACACUGUGUUGUUUUAAUUUCCCAUGUCCACCCUUGUGACUCUGUUUCCCAGCUUAAUGUGAAUAUUGAUGCACUUAAUGUACUCAAAUCACUUAAUCAUAAACAGAAAGAUGUGUUUUAUACUGUUAGACAGUAGUGCAUAGAUAAGGUCAGAGGCCAAAACCAUUUCAUUUAUUAAUUACAGGUGGUGCUGUGACAGGUAAGCCACAUUCAAUCAAGGCCAUCCAUUAUGAAGCAAGUAGUUUGUUGUCACAAGUUGCAAGUGCAUCAGAGAAGAUCACAGUGUUGUUAGUAGCUCCUACUGGUAAAGCUACUUUCAAUUUAAAACCUGGCACCUUCCAUAGUAGUUUGUCCUUAGGAAUAGAUGUGCAACUGCCAUACACACCAUUGGGGGAAGAACAGGUAAAUACAUUGCACGCAACCUUUAGUGAU